AUGCUGUUAUCCUGGCGAAUCGCCCUCCGUCAGCUGUGCCCGGUAGCAUUUCGUUCGCAUUUGCUCGACAAGAUGCAAGCGGUGCGGCCAGGAACGACGACGGAAGAUCGCCUCGAAUGGACAGCCGCCACUGAAGACGUCGUUGACCCUUGCGACAACGGCGACGAUGGAGACUGUGACGUCUCCGCUUCAUUCACAUUACCGUCCGCUGCUUUUCCUUUCCAGCCGUCCGUCAGUACACCGAUAGACGAUGUGGCUUUCUGUGAGUGCAGUGCUACCACUCAACCAUUCCUUUUGGGAUUUCCCUUUUUUGCUCAGAGUCCUUUUUGA